AUGAUGGGAAUGAUGAUGGGCAUGCAGGCUGCAAUGCAGGGCAGUGAAGCCACUGAUGAUGCAACCCCAGCCAUCAAGUCCGAAGACAAGCAUAUUGAUCCUCGGGUCAAAGCAAUCUGCAACGAUUUCGGCAUCAGUGGCGACACUGUGAUGAAGUUGAAUGAUGCCAUGAGGGAACGUGAAGACUACGACGAGGAUCUUCAGGCCCUUCACAAACUCAUGGAGCGUGCCACGAAGGACGGCAAGAAGCCGCUCGAAGUGAUGCUUGCGCAGAUUCGGGCAAUCCGUGCAAAUCGAUUUCCCGGAAAGGAGUUGCUCGAUCCAGACAUUUGGGAGUUCAUUGUCAAGUACAAUCUUGAUGACCGUGUAAUGAACCGGUUAAUUGAGACGCUCAACAAUCGAAAAGGAAAGGCCAAGGACACUUUGCAGGCCCUGAAUGACCGCUUGGGGAAUGCCCAGCAGCCAACCGGCCUUGGGCUCUUGGUUAGGCUGCUCGAAGGCCUAGAUGAGUUUGCCACUCAGAAAAACUCUAAUAAUGAUGCAGUAGAUGAAUGUAGAUGA